GAGGAAGAUGAGUGUGACUCUCAGCUGAAACUCAAACUUUGUCUCCUCCCUGCGAGCGGCUGCUUCAUGCGUCUCUGAGAAGGAAGUUGAUUAUAGUCCCGCUGCAGACGCCCCCCCACCAUGAGCGAGCUGUACUCCCCCUCCUCUCUGGGGCUCUUCAGCGCCCCCUGCCUGCUGAAGGUGGAGCUGCGCCUCACGGUGAAGGGUCUGUCGGACCGCGACGUUCGCUCCAAACCCGACCCCUGCUUCGUGCUCAACAUGCAGUCCCACGGCCAGUGGAUGGAGGUGGACCGGACCGAGGUGAUGCGCAGCUGUGUGAACCCGACCUACUCCAAGGUCUUCACACUGGACUAUUAUUUUGAAGAAGUGCAGCGUCUGCGCCUGGAGCUUUACGACGUGAACAGCAGCCACAACGGCCUGAAGGAGGCGCUGUUCCUGGGCUCCGUGGAGUGCACGCUGGGACAGAUCAUCUCUCAGAGGAAACUGUGCAAAGCCCUGCUCAGACCCGGAGGCACGGUGGGGAAAGCCAUCAUCACGAUCACUGCAGAAGAGUUGACGGGGAACGACGACUACAUCGAGCUCUCGUUCAGCGCAAGGAAACUGGACGACAAGGAUUUCUUCACUAAGUCCGACCCGUUUCUGGAGAUUUACCGGGUGAACGAUGACGCCACGAUGCAACUCGUCUACAGAACGGAGACUGUGAUGAAUAAUCUGAACCCGGUGUGGAAAACCUUCAAAGUUUCUCUCAACUCGCUCUGCAGCGGAGACCAUGACCGCAAGCUGCAGUGCACGGUGUGGGACUGGGACUCGAACGGGAAACACGACUACAUCGGAGAGUUCGAGGCGUCGUUCAAAGAGAUGAGAGGCGCCAUCGAUGGGCGGCAGGAGCAGUGGCCGUGCAUGAAUUCCAAAUACAAAACCAAGAAGAAGAACUACAAGAACUCUGGGAUCGUCAUCCUGAACCAGUGCAAGAUCAUCAAGAUGCACUCCUUCCUGGAUUACAUCAUGGGAGGCUGUCAGAUCCAGUUUACAGUGGCCAUCGACUUCACGGCGUCUAACGGAGACCCGAGGAACAGCUGCUCGCUGCACUAUAUCCACCCCUUCCAGCCCAACGAGUACCUGAAGGCGCUGGUGGCCGUGGGCGAGAUCUGCCAGGACUACGACAGUGAUAAGAUGUUCCCGGCGUUUGGCUUCGGAGCUCAGAUCCCUCCUGACUACAAGGUCUCCCACGACUUUGCGGUGAAUUUUAACGAGGAGAACCCAGAGUGUGCAGGGAUCCAGGGCGUGGUGGAGGCCUACCAGGCCUGUCUCCCCAAGCUGCAGCUCUACGGCCCCACCAACAUCGCCCCCAUCAUCCAGAAGGUCGCCAACACCGCCUCGCAGGAAGUGCACACCAAAGAGGCCAUGCAAUACUUCAUCCUGCUGAUCCUGACGGACGGCGUCAUCACCGACAUGGCCGACACGAGGGAGGCCAUCGUCCAGGCCUCGCACCUCCCCAUGUCCGUCAUCAUCGUCGGGAUUGGGAGCGCCGACUUCAGCGACAUGCAGAUGCUGGACGGAGACGACGGGAUUCUGCGAUCGCCCAAAGGAGAGCCCGUCCUCCGGGACAUCGUCCAGUUCGUCCCAUUCCGCAAUUUCAAACACGCGUCUCCAGCUGCUUUGGCUAAGAGCGUUUUAGCGGAGGUGCCCAACCAGGUGGUGGAUUACUACAACAGCAAGGGCAUCAAGCCCAAAGUGCCCAGCCAGUUCCAGUCUUCCAGGCAGUUCGGACCCUGAGCAGCCUCUCCUGGACUCAGAAAAUGUUCACCGUGUUUUGUUCUUUGUUGAUGCGGAUGUUAAAGGUGCUAAAUGCAGUAUUUACCAUGAAGGAGGGGCUCAUUUUAAAUGUGAUCACUGUAGCAACAGGUGUGUCAGCUGCAUUGACAUUGGGUGGCAAUUGGACGUAUUGGAAGUUGUUGGAUUGCUUUAUGGCACAAACCAGAUAGAAAAUGCUUCAUUACCUCAUGUUAUAUCUUCAGGUGCAAACACUGGACACACCAUAACAGACAGAGGAAGCAGACCAAGCAGCUGAGAUACACCAAUCCAAAGACCAGUGAGUUAUUGUCAUCCGUCUCAACGAAGACAGCGACGAAUCCUGACUCGGUGCAGUUUCUCAACAUGCAAUGAUAGGCGUCUUGAUGCUUAUAGUUUGUAGGCCAACAUAUACAACUGUAGCUCAGGGUGUUUGGAUGCACAACAUACGUGGAUAGUGUGUUUCAACCUCCUCUAGUGUUCCUGAACGCAGACGCAUGAGUCUAAAAAUAUGAUCAAUAUGACACGUUAUAUGUGGACCUGAGUGUGGUACAUGCAGAGCUUAGAGCUAACAUCAUGCUGAAGGAACCUACAUUGCAACUUUUUAACAUCCCUAACAUCUUGAUCCAAGUUCUAAUAACCAUUCAAAUCAGGGUUUACACUUAUUGGUAGCAAUGAAUAGCCUGUUAUGUAAGCAAAUUACCUAGAUAUGUAGCAUUUCACAUUUAAGAAGUGUCGCUAACGUUUGUGGUUCUCUAUUAUAUUGUGAUGAUGUUUACAAUGACAGCAGGUCCCGACAUCAGACGGAUCAAAAUCAGUCGAAUAUGGCCACGUAUAUCUAUGCAGAGCUUUUGCGUAGGAAAAAGUGACGUAGCAAACAUGUUUGUGCUGAGCAAAAACCAAGGAAGCUAACGUAUUAGCUUUGGCGCACAAUGCAAUUUAAGAAAAACAUCUUCCUCUUUAAGCGUAUAAACUGCCAAACAUAAUUAACUUUUAAUUUCUAACUAGUAGCAAGUGAGCUAGACUUUUGAGGGUUUUUUGCUAGCUUGCAAAUUACUCUAUAGCUAGCAUGUUAUCAGUUAGCACACCCGCGACUGCUAGCUCACGGACAAA